AUGAAGUUCUUCUGUGUUGUCUGGAUCUGGAUUUCUCUGUCAGGAUUUGGAAUUUCAGCUACUGAUGGGAUUAAUGUACAUGGAUAUACAGGCGGAUCUGUCACUAUUCGUUGUUCUCAUGGCUGGGCUUCAACCAAUGUAAAGUACUUCUGCAGAGAUCCAUGUAAUAAGAAAGAUGUUCUAGUUAAAUCUAAUCGGUCACCAAAUGGGAGAUUCAGACUGAAGGAUUUUGGAAAUGGCGACUUCAAUGUGACCAUCAGUGAACUACAGGAGUCAGACUCUGGACUUUACAGGUGUGCAGUGGAAAGAUCUGUUAAAGACACAUAUAAGGAAGUGAAUCUGAAAAUAUCUAAAGAAAGCACACACACAACUAAACCAGUGGCCAGCUCUAAAUCUCAACCCUCCACACCAACCAGUUCAUUCUCCAAAUCCACUCCAGAGCUUGAUGACAUCACACUCUCACCUUCAUUAACAGAUUCUGUCAACACAUCAAGUCCAGCAGAAGUGUUUGUUGAAGCUGGUCCUCUGGUGUUCACAGCUGUGUGUCUGACGGCGACUCUGAUCAUAUUCGGAGUGGUUCUCUGUGUAUGGAAUUGGCAAAAGAAAAAGUCACAUAGUUCCAGUGGCCCAGCUCACACUGAUGCUAAACUCAAGAGAAAACACACCACAUGUACCACAGAGGCUGCUGGUGAUUAUGAGGAGAUCAGAGACACUCAACAGCAGACUGAACCACACACACAGGCCAUCAUUUACUCCACUGUUAAUACAAGUCCUGGAGGCAAUCAGAUCCAAGAUCCUCCAUUAUACUCCACCCUCUCCGAUCAACCAGAGUCGUGCACCAACCAAACUCCAAACUCCUGGAAUAAUGCAGCAACUAUAGUUACAUAUGCAUCAAUUAAGCAUACUGAAGUCUGUGGACCAAACACACUUAUUAGAUCAGAAGAUACAGAGACAUAUGACACUGUGUACUCUAAAGACACAUUCUGA